AGUGUAAAAAAGCUCCUCAAAAUAUUUCUUGUGUUUUUAUUUAUUUGUUUGUUUAUUACAGGUCUGAACAUCAUACCCUUCUAAAGAUUCAUCAAUACUUAGCAGACAUAUGCAGCCACUUAUUAAGCAGAAAGGACAUCAUGGAGUUCUUAAAAAAUGAGAAAUUUGACCUAGUACUUAUUGAUUCAGUAGACAUCUGUGCUUUGCUGACUGUUGAAAAGCUUGGGAAACGAUUUGUGUCCUUUCUUCCCUGUCAAUUUAGUGUGAUGGACUCUGGGCUCCCAAGUGCCCCCCUGUCCUAUGCUCCAGUGUGUGGUUCCGGUCUUACUGACCAAAUGGACUUCUGGGGCCGAGUCAAGAACUUUCUGAUGUUCUUUGAUUUCUCCAUGAAGCAAAGGGAAAUCCUUUCUCAAUAUGACAGUGUUAUCCAGGAGCAUUUUGCAGAAGGCUCUCGGCCAGUGUUGUCUGAACUUCUACUGAAAGCUGAGCUGUGGUUUGUCAACUCUGACUUUGCCUUAGAUUUUGCUCGUCCCCUGUUUCCCAACAUAGUCUAUGUGGGAGGUUUACUGGACAAACCUGUUCGGCCAAUACCCCAAGACUUGGAGAAUUUUAUCUCUCAGUUUGGAGACUCAGGUUUUGUCCUUGUGGCCCUGGGCUCCAUGGUGAGCAUGCUUCAGACCAAGGAAAUUAUUAAGGAGAUGAACAGUGCCUUUGCUCGCCUCCCACAAGGGGUGCUAUGGACAUGUAAGGCUUCUCAAUGGCCCAAAGAUAUCAGUUUGGCCCCAAAUGUCAAAAUCAUGGAUUGGCUUCCACAGAAUGACCUUCUGGGUAAGCUCCCCCUACACCUCCUACUUUCCUCCCAUUCACUUGUCUUGGGGACUUAA